AAAUGGGAGAACUAAAGAAGAAAAAAUAGGGUUUGAAGGUUACAAAGAGAGAGAAAUAGGGCUACUAUAUGUGAGAAUUAUGCCCUAAUGUGCUUGAUUCUCAUCGAGCAUAAACACAGAGUCUCUCUCACUAAUAUUGUUCAAAAUAAGUCUAAAUACUCAGGUCAACUUCAGAACCGAAAACUCUAGAAACUUUUUACUCCAAAAAUGGGUCUUAGCCCAGAUCCAUUGAUAAAAAUGAGAACGCUUGUCCAUGGAAGUAUCUCUCCUUAAAACUGCUUCCUUCAUACAGAUAACUCCUCUGGCAGAUAUUAACAACACGCAAGGGAUUCUGUAAUGAGGAUGUUACCAUAGUGAGCUAGAAGAGGGGGAUACAAUCCUUCAUGGAUUAUUUCAGAUCCAUCUGAGAAGUAAGAGCUUAACUUGAGUUGAUUACAUUGUUUCACAAUUUAUAAGAUGGCCUUCUCCUUCUGAAUGUUUGUUAUUAAGGUGCUAAUUGUGCUCAUCAACGUUGAAGAAAGCAUAUUUCACCAGCAUACUGAGAAAUACUUAUUGAGCUUAGUACUAGUAAAAAUAUUUCAACUUUAUUGAAAAGACUCCUUUUUUUCGCCAAAAUAUUCCAUAUA